AAGAAUUGACCAAUUUUAGUAAAUUAUUUCAUUUUAAAAUGGCCAAUUUGUUUCGAUAACUUUCAACGACCAAUUCUGUUCAUAAACAACGUAAUGAUUUAAAAACAUAUGUCCAAUGUGAGGAAAAAAAAUGAAUAAACUAGUCAAUUGUUGUCGAUUGAAUUCGGUCCAAAAGAUUCCCAUCAAUUUUCAUUUGAUUCGAUUUUUAACCGCAUUGAAGAAUGCUGAUGUAUUCAAUGUUCAAGCCACUGGAAUUAAAUCAUCGUUGAAAAAAACGACUAAACAUGAAUCCUUCGUUUUUCGAUCAUUUUUCGGUGAAUUUGAUCCCGAUUAUUUAAGAUUUCCAAAACUUGUCGAUAAUGACCAAGAAAGCGUAUUGUUGAAACAGCAAUAUGAAUUUGUACGGAAAAAUUUCCUAAAAUUGUCGGGUGAUCCGAAAAUUCUCAAACAAAAUGGAUUCUAUGAUCUAUCAACAUUGACCGAAGUGGAAAAAGCACAUUUAUUCGAAGCACUUGGAUCAUCAUUGGAAUUCAAAACAAAUGAAUCAAGGCAAUUUGAAUCUGCCAACAAUUUGAUAAAGCUUGAUCAACUUUCAGUGACUAAUUCUUUUCUAACAUGUUAUCAAGAAAAGAAAAAAUUCUUAUCAGCAACAUUGCCGUUACUAAUACGUAAUUCAAUCAUAUCGAAUACAAUUCAAAACUCAAGCAAUGAUAAACUAAAACAGAGGCUAAUGUCUGAUUUUAAAAAUGUAAGAAUUGCAUUAGCAUUCGAUGAGCCGAAUGAUUAUUUCAUGUCACCAACAUAUCCAUUUUGGCAAUCUACGGCUCGUUUCGAUCAAGAAACAAAUACUUGGCUACUAAAAGGAAAAAAAUCUCGGAUUCUUAGUGAUGAUUAUGAUUAUUAUCUUGUAUUUUGUAAAAUCAAAAAUGAACACGAUCAUGGGAUUGGUUCGUUUCUAAUACCUGCAGAAGAUGUCAUCAUUGAACCAGACGGUACGGAUAAUUAUGGAACCAAAUUCCAAACCAUUAUAUUCAAUGAACUGAAUGUAAAAAAAGACAAUGCUGAAAUAGCGAUUGACGAUCAAGCAACAUUGUUGCUCAAUAUGAAAGCAUCGGGUCAUCUAAUGUCAUCGGCUGUUUUAUUGGGAAUCAUGAGACAAGUAUUCAAUAAUAUAAUUGACAAUUGCUGUCAAGUAAAAGAAGAAAAAAUUGAAUUCAAGAAUUUAUUCAUCAAUCACAUCACUCGAAUGUCGGAAAUGAUUUAUGCUCUUGAAUCAGCCUUAUAUUUAACUUGUUCUCAUUAUGAUACAUUCAAAUUGAAUCAAAUGGAUCUAUAUCUACAAGCUAUGGUUGUGAAAAUAAUGGCUGCCGAAUAUUUGGAAGAGAUGCUCAAAUCGAUUCGAUUUCUUUAUCGCCCACAACAAAUUUCAUCGAUUGUUUCACAAGAUAUGAAUGAUGUGAUCAAUGUGCUCAAUGCUUUUCUCGAUACACUGACAUCGAUACGAAUGUUAUUAGCAACAUAUGGUCUUCGUAAUAUAGGUAGAUGGCGAUAUGAUAAUGUUGUCAAAUUGCGUCUGAAUCGAAUCUAUCCAAUACAUUAUUUCAAAUAUCAGUAUGACAGAUUUAAAAGACAAUUUUUUCUUCGAUAUCCUGAAGCUUAUGAUGGUUUCAAGUCAUUGGAAAACCUUGAUCCAUUGCUUAGAAAUUCAGCCAAUUUACUGAGAAAGGUUUUGGAAAUUGAAACUGAGAUGGGAACCUAUAUUCUUAAAUUAUAUGGCAAGGAAUGUGUUAAAAAUCAGAUCGAUAUGAAUCGAUUCUGUACGAUGACGGUCAAUGCUUUUCAAAUGGUUUCGAUCAUAUGCCGAACAAAUGACAGUCUACUACGAGGAUCACCAUUCACAUCACAACAGUUACGGAUGUGUGAAAAUCUUUGUCAAAAAUCUCAUCGGGAGGUGUUGAGUUUAGAGAAACUAAUCGAAGGCAUUGCAGAAAUUGCCGAAGAACGACGAACAAAAAUUAUUCAUCAAAGUAACAUUCGAUUCAAUGGAUAUUUUGCAAAGCCAACCUUUGACAGAGUUAUUUAAUAAUCGAUUGUUUGUUUGAUUUGUAAACUGAUUCUCAUUCAUAUGAAUCAUGUGUGUUGUGUGUAAAUGUUGAUUAAAGUUUCAUUAGAUGAGCA